AAACCGAACAGAAAUGGCGGUACCAGCGAGGCGCAAUGGUCUCUAAUGGAAGAAGACGACGAUCACGAGGACGAGAACUCUCUUUUCGAAGGUGAAGGUCUCAACGUUGAAAUUGAAUCUGACACGCCUCCUCAUCUCCGAGAACUCACCGUCGGUGCCCAGCUCGGCGACGUUGAUGCCCUCCGCCGUGCGAUAGGAUAACUUAAAUGGCGGCAUUAAUGAGCCUGCAGAAGAUGGGGACACAGCUCUCCAUCUCGCCUGUCUAUACGGCCAUCUGCCUUGUGUCCAGAUCAGUGCCUCAUAUUUAACAGCCUGCUCCACUCCCUCUCUACGUUAUCCCUAAAACAAUAGGAGGAAGUAUUAUUCUUAUUUAUGGUCAAGAAAUUUGUUCCCAUGCAGCUACUCUUGGAGAGAGGGACUAAUUUGGAGGCAAAGGAUGAGAUGGUGCAGUUCCUCUACACGAUGUUUGUUCAGGAGGUCUGUUACAAUUGCAAAUUUUUGUUACCCUGAAUUUUUCCUCUAUUCUUGUACUGGCUUUACUUGAUCUCCAUUUUAAUGACUGCUUCAGGAUUUACUGAGAUGGUACAACUUCUGCUUAACAAUGCUAAUCAUGCCAACUAUGUGAAAAUGUUGCUUGAAUCAGUUGAAAUGGAAGCUGAUACUGUGAGUACUACAUAAAUCUUAAUAUCAUGAGUUUUACUUUUACUCCUUACUCGUUGAUGAAAACCUAAAGUUGGUGAAUUCUCUUUUCCUUGGCUUAGUAAACUGCACGAUUUCCAUUACUACAAGAAAAACCAGACUAAUGUUUAGCCCAUGUAUCUACUGAAUAAAGGAUACUUAAAAGGGGGCUGAAGAAUGGAGCAGUUGCCCCUCUUCCAACAAGAGGUGAGCAUGUGGAUAUUAUAAGAUUGUUGCUGGCUUCAGGAGCUUCUCCCACAAAGACAAAUGUAUAUAGAAAGGUUAGAUAAUUUUAUAUAUAUAUAUAUAUAUAUAUAUAUAUUUUUUUUUUUUUCUCUCUUUUUUUUAAAUAUAUUUCAAACUAGAGAAUGGUGCACUCCAAGUGAGCCGGCUGAUCCAGAUACAAAAGCUAGGAGAGUUUUGGAGGCAGCUACUGGUGCUGAGACUUGUCAAUGAAAACUAAAUUGAUUGUUCUCUAAAUAUACCAUUAGCUACUCUCUUUUUGGGGGGUGGUUGUGGUUGGUCAUUGUUUGAUCCCAUGCAGCAGUAGGUAGACCAUUAGUGCAAUAGGAUAGGGUUUCAGUAUUCUUUCGUUAUUUCAUAUAUAGCAUCCGAAUGUCUUAAAUGACUGCAAUUUCAAGUCAUUUGUCUGUUCCAUGACACAUUUAUACCAAUAAUAUUUUUAUACGAAA